CAGACGCGCGCUCACAGUAUCGUGCACGAACAAUGCAAAAACGUCUCCCUGAUAAACAUUUGCAGAUUCAACAAGUCGCAUGUACUCCCAUUCUUUCGGCAUCAUGAUUUCAGUAACGUUAUUGGUAUGUGGAUCAUAUUUUGUCAGCGAACUAUGAAGUAACCAUAACAUUGCGAACGACAUCAUCUACCAACUAAGCGAAAAUCGUAAUUUAAUACGAGUAACUGUAACUCGUACAGUAACUGCGGAGUUUCGCUUGGAGUGGUGUUUUAUUGAUCAAUGCAAAACGGUCUCCGCGACCAUGGCUCGCCACGUCAAGGUUCCUCGCUCUUCCGCACCCGGGACGGCUUCGGGAGUGGAUGAUUAUGACUGGGAAAUGGAAUACACGCUCACGAAGCCAUUGAAGACGACGGAAGCAGAGUAUACCGUGCAGCCAUACAAGCAUUUGGCUGAAGAUAUGCGCAUCAAGAUUCGCGAAACAGCUGAUGUGCUCCAGAUAUCCCCGACGUGUGCCAGACUGCUUCUUGCUCAAAAGAAAUGGAAUGUGGACGACUGUGCGGCAAUGUGCUACGAACGCUCCGACAAAUAUCUUGCGAACCUUAUCAAUAUCCCGGUAUCGUCGCUGCGACUGCACGAAUGGACUUUAUGUGAGAAGAAGGCGAGUCGCCAGCACGGUCUGAUCAUGAGUGCCUGUCCUAUCUGCUUGGAAGAAGUCUAUGCUAACCAGCUGCAGUCGCUGUCUUGUCUGCACAUCUAUUGUAUUGGCUGUUGGCGGAACUACAUUGACUCGCAAAUCGACGGCGAAAUGGACAAACGUAUUGUCAUCCGAUGCAUGUUUCCCAAAUGCGAAAUGCUGCUGGGCGAUGAGUGUAUUGAGCAGUUGGCAGACACACGACAGGCGACGGUCUACUGGAAGCAGAUUGAGAAGCUGUACGUUGACAGUUUUCCCCGGCUGCGUAGCUGCCGUGGAUUGGACUGUACAUACGCCAUGGACAUAAGCGCUGAUGACCAGGAACGUAAUGCGGUGGAUCUGAAGUGUAUUUGUGGAUAUGUUCAGUGCAGCAUGUGCACGAACGAGGGUCACGAAGGACUGCCGUGUUGGUUGAUCGAGAAAUGGAUUAAGAAACUGGGUUCGGAUACUGACCAGCCCACACUGCAGUGGCUAAUGAGCAACACGAAAGAAUGUCCCAAAUGCAAGUAUAACAUCGAAAAGACCGGUGGAUGUAACCAUAUGACAUGCAGAAAUUGCCGUAAUGAAUUUUGCUGGAUGUGUGGCGAGCAGUGGCGAGGCCAUUCGAACUGCACACAGUAUUGUGGUGAUGCUCAGGGGGAGAAUUUCACUGCCAAGGCAUGGGAGCAAAUGGAGCGGCUCAUUUUCUAUGCUAGCCGCUACACCAACCAGAUGGAUAACAUUCUUAAGGAGAAACCGCUUAAAGAACUGCCGACCAAAGUGAGCACGCUAUUGCUGGAGCCGGCUCAUGCAUCUACUCCUGCAAAUUAUACAGAAUUCGUUGGACACGCCGUCAGCGUGUUGGAGACGUGUCGUCGCCACUUGUGGCAGUGCUUUGGAUUUUCGUUUUUCGUCAAACCUAGCCGCCACCGUGAAUUAUUCGACCAUAAUAUUGAAAAUCUGGAGCGCGACGUCGAUGAGCUGUCGGGAUUUUUGGAACAGACUCUGUCUCCCAAUCUGGAGCUUUUCUCUAAGUAUCGUGGAAAAACAUUGACGUUGUCGGGAAAAUGCCAGAUGCGAUUGAAACACCUUAUGGGGCACAUUGCUGAAGGAUUUUCAAAAAAUUGGUGGGCGUUUGAUGAUGUGGCAUGACACAAUGUUUGACCGGUUGGAUGGAUUACACGGUUACGCAACCAAAGAUUUAUUGAUGGACUCUGCAUACGCACAUCAUGAAACGCUUUCGAAAAUGUACAGAUAUUCUGUUCUCAAUAAGGAUUGCUGAUGAACGGUUGUGUUAACAAUAAUUCGGUGGCGAUUUUUCAGAGCUCUGCGGCGCACUCGCUGCACUGUAUAAGAUAGCAGUAGAACUAUAGUUUUUAACACUUUGCAGAUUUGUAACGGCAGAAAACGGAAAUUGAUUACAUUAUUUUGUGUCAGUGUCUAUCAUGUUGCUGCAGUUGUAUGCGUUUAGCCUUUAUAUGAAUCUAGGUUGUUGUUUUUUGACAGUAUCUGGAUUUGCUGAUUAAUCUUUUGAGUUGUGAAAAUUCGGGAACUGUAAACAACAUGUACGAGUAUUUAA